AUGGUCAACGUCUUCGCUGUCCAGGUCUUCUUCAUCGUCUUCCGCGAGUGUCUCGAGGCGGUGAUUAUCGUCUCGGUGCUGCUGUCCUUCCUGAAGCAGUGCCUGGGCCAACCACACCAGGACCAAGCCAUAUACAAGAAACUGGUCAAGCAGGUAUGGGUCGGCUCCAUCCUGGGCGUGGGCAUCUGCCUCAUCAUCGGCGGCGCCUUCAUCGGCGUCUUCUACGGGCUGGGCCAUGACAUCUGGUCCAACUCGGAGGAUCUGUGGGAGGGCAUCUUCUACCUGAUCGCCACCAUCAUCAUCACCAUCAUGGGGCUGGCUCUGCUGCGCAUCAACAAGACCAAGGAGCAGUGGCGGAUCAAGAUCGCCCAGGCCCUCAUCGCCAAGAGCCAGGGCCACAAGAAAUCGCGCUUCCUGGGCGACUGGGCCCGUCGCUACGCCAUGUUCAUCCUGCCGCUCAUCACCACCCUGCGCGAAGGGGUUGAGGCGGUGGUCUUUGUCGGCGGCGUCUCCCUGGGAUACCCGGCGACCGCAUUCCCCAUCCCCGUCGUGACGGGCAUCCUGGCCGGCCUCACCGUCGGCUUCUUCCUGUACCGCGGCGGCAACGCCAUGUCCAUCCAGCUGUUCCUCAUCGCCAGUACCUGCGUGCUGUACCUCAUCGCCGCCGGCAUGUUCUCCAAGGCCGUCUGGGGCCUGCAGUACUACCGCUUCCAGCUGGCCGUGGGCUCCGAUGUCGCCGAGGAGGGCAACGGCCCGGGCUCCUACAACAUCCGCGAGACCGUCUGGCACGUCAACUGCUGCAACCCGGAGACCGAUAACGGCUGGGACGUCUUUAACGCCAUUCUCGGCUGGGAGAACACGGGUACCUACGGCUCCGUCAUCUCCUACAACAUCUACUGGCUGUUCAUCAUGUUGGCCGUCUCGUACAUGCUGUGGGAGGAGCGCUCGGGCAAGAAGACUCUGCGCGAGCGCUUCCUGGGUGUCCUCGUCAAGGUCCCGGGCCUCAAGGGCUACGCGGGCAAGAAACUCGACGUUAUUCACCAGAACCCGGAUGAGAUUAUGCGCCAGGUGCACCAGGGCUUGUUUAAUGAGCCUGCUAUUGAACAGGGGGUCGAGAUGAAGUAGCUACUAGUAUAGCGUACAUUACUUAGGUACAUAUACUAUAUACUAUAGUGGUAUACUAAUACUAUAGUAUACAGUGAUAAUGUUCAUAAAUAUACUAAUUCACUCCGUCGUCCGAUUAAAACUUUCCCUGAUGGGGUUGGUGGGUUUCCUCGGCACGUUAGUCCUUUGCUUAGCUACCCUAUUUACGAG